ACCGGACCAAAACAUUUUCCGAUCGUUCGAUAGUCGUCUCGUCUCGGCCUGCUCGAUUUGUUAUUAACCCGCGCGCGACGACAGACAGUGGCCGUGUGAAAAUGAUGUAAUUCGAACGCAAAGUUUUUGUUUCAACCGGUUCCCCGAAAAUGUCCCUAACCAUGCUGCGGAGUAUCUGCCGGCAGCAGAACCUGAGACAAGCACCGGCACUCGUGUGCAGUCGGUUUUGCCACGGGCAGGUUCCGAAGGGUGACGGCGACGGCGGCGGCGGCGACAAACAGCAGCCGAAUGCGAAGGAGAAGCUUGCGGUCAAGUACAGCCGGGAGAAUGUUAAGCGAAACGUUCAGGGAUACGUGUUUUCCCGGUUCUUCGACUAUGUUAAGAACUAUGAUAAGGUGUUGGAGAAGCAGUUUCCCUCGGCCAUGCACGUGUACCGGGUGUUUCUGGUCGGGGUGAAGGAAUUCUUCAACGAUAUGAAAAAGCUAGUCAAAAUAACAAAGAUUGUCUACACCCACGACAACGAUCUGCGCUGUUUGACGCGGAAGGAGAUCGAGCUUUACUACCAAAUGCCGCGGGACAUGAAGAAGGUGGCGCCGGUGCUGCUUGUUUCGGCGCUUCCGUUUGCCAACUAUGUGGUGUUUCCACUGGCUUACAUGUAUCCUCGAACAUUUCUGACGUCCCACUUCUGGUCGAUCCAGCAAAAGGGAGAUUUCGCCCAGCAGGAACUCAAGCAAAGGCUGCAAUACAACCGGCGCGUAUUUCGCUGCAUGCAGGCCAAACUGGACUCGAUGCGGAAGACGAAAGAUCCGCAGUUCGAUAAGUGCAGCUACAUUCUCGGUCUGCUGGGCAGCGGCCUGCACCCGACCUCGGCCGAGCUCCUCGACGUCAAGGACCUGUUCACGAGGGCUCCCUUCGGCCUCCGACAUCUUUCAUCCGUACAUCUAAAAUAUCUCUGCCGGUUGCACGACCUACGGCCGGGUCUGAUGCGCCGGUAUCGUCUGUCGGAACGGGCGUACGUCGUGCAUCACAUGGAUUUGGCCAUCAAGCGCGAGGGUGGCGUUCACAACAUGCCAAUCGAGUCCCUGAAGCACGCUUGCUUCCUUCGCGGGCUGAACGCGACCAAUUUGAGCGCCGAAAGUAUGAUCGCGUGGUUGAACGAGUGGGUGGAAGUGUCCUUAAUUAUCAACCAAGACAACAUCAGUCUCUUUCUCCAUCUGCCGAUCCUGCUGUCCUACAAUCACCCCAACAAUUGGAUUUUAAAGGGGUGAACCUUUUUAUUUUGCGUACUCCAGACUAUAUCAAGCGGCUUUUGGUGUUAUUUCCAAACGAUAUGUUAACGUUUUAUUUUGAAAUAAAAGUUGUUUCGGAUAUUC